AUGGAAAAGAAACUUCAAGCAAAAGACAAAAGCCUUCAGAAAAGAAUACCACGUUCGGUACCAAAAGGAAAGGAAAAGAACUAUAAGUAUAUGAUUUAUACUGAAGAGAUGGAAAAUGAAGAAGACAGAGAUAUGGUUAUGUUGCAUUUAGUCAGAAGAAACAACAAAAGCUUUUACGACCUUGCUAAGAUUUACAAAUCUGACAGAAAUUGGUUCUAUCGCGAAAACUUACCGAUUUCAAUGACACCGAAUGAAGAUGUGAAACAAAUAGUUCAAGAUACGUUACCUCAAACACACUAUGAUAUUAAAGGUUGUACAAUACUUACAUUCAAAGAAGAUUUGCCGCUACUGAAAGAAAAAAUAACAGAGUAUUUUGACAACUUCAAACAAGCAGAGUAA